UCGAAUCCCAAACCACUCUCACUUGGCCGUCAACGGCGAAUGGCGACAGAUGGAGAGACGAACGACGACAGAUGGCGACGACGACCAACGAGGACGACGGGCGACGACGGCGCUGGUCGAUGGCGAUUCUGACGGUGAGGACGGUGGCGCUGGUCGCUCGCAUGGAGGACGGCGACGCUAUUCGCUUGCUUGGAGAACGACGAUGUCGUGGCUGCUGGUCUCUCUCUCGCGUGGCUGGCUGGUAGUGUCUCCUUUCCCAGAAUUGUCGAAUGAAAUAAAUGGGCUAUGUAGGGUUAUGGGUUUCGGGUUAAAACCAGAUAAACUUGCCCUUAUUUUCCAACCCUGGGCGUCGCCCAAAGGAUGGGAAGCGAGCUUACCCGCGCAGAACCGCCACCUAGGUGUUUUGCCGCUCGCUUCUGCGUUUUGUACGCCCAGCUCAAUCGCCCAGCCCAAUACUCCACGUUUCCUCCAUGCCCAGCAACUAAUCGCGCCUAGGCGAGCGCCUAGGCGCGUCUUAUUGAACACUGCGAUCGCUAGAAAGUUCGCGAUUUAAAAUUGAGCGUUUUGAUUGUAUUUCGGCGAAAAUCGGAUUAUCAAUCGAUCGAAUAAAUAUACGUAUUAAUUAUAUAUAUAAUUUAUUAUAUAUAUAUAUAUAUAUAUAAUUACAUAGCGGCCAUAUAUAUUAAUCCCCACCCGUCAUUUAUACCCAUCAUCAACUUUUUUCCCAUUUCCCCACCGAGAGGAAACCGAGAGCACAGCGAGCCGAGCAGAGCGAACAGGGGAGCUCGGGAGAAAUUUCCAAGCUCAAAAUCUUGAGCCCUACUGAUCCAAAAAUCCGGUAAGUAAUGCCUAAUUCAUCUAUUCAUCGUGAUUUAUCGAUUUAGAGCUUUAAAACGAGUUUUUGGUUCAGGAAUUUCUUGAAUUCCCGAUAAGCCAAAUUAGGGUUUCGGAGUAUCCGGAAGCCGGAUUGUGCCCAAAUUUCAUAUACGAGCUUCCUGCAGCGAGGUAAUCAAUCCCCUAGUUCUAAUCCCUGAAUUUCGGCAAUUAUUUAGGCCGGGGUCCAAACCGUUGAAUUUAGCUCCGGCCAGGGUUUGAUGUGUUUUUAUCGAGAAUUUGACCCGGAGCCUAGAACUAAUAUCGACGGGGAUACUGCAGGGGAUAUUAGGACGGUCUCGGAUUUUAAUUCGGGGUUCGUUCGUGGAAUUGAUGUUUUAGUACGGGGAAGCUUAAACCGGUGUUUGAACGACCAGAACUGGUGAGGGAUUAGCACGGCAUACCGGGUUUGUCGUAUCACGAUAAUUAUAUUGAUGCUUAGAUUUGAUCUAGGUGAACUAGAAUGACAUGAUUAGGGGUGUAUGAGCUUUUGUGCUAUAUGUUGAACCCUGGACUGCUGUAUGAUAUUAUUGACUUGCCCUAAUCGAUAUGGACCUUGUCUAUGCUGAUGAUUGCAUACAUGUUGCCAUUUGUGGCUUAACUGUUGAUAUGACUUCAUGGUUGUUCGAUCAGGUGUUUUGACAUGAUGUGAUAUUGUGGUUGUAUUUGGAUUCACAAGUGGGGAAAAUAAACUUCCCAGGGUGAUAUUAUGAUGUUUUAAGGAGGAUGACUUGCACGAGGGUUUAUCCCGAGGAAGUGCAACUAUACGACUCCUGGUUUACCUAUGUUGAGCCAAUUAUGGUCAGGUCAAGUACAUGUGCAAGUAAUGAAUUAUGAUUAAGCAAGAUGAGAUAUGAAUCAUGUAUAAGGAUACCAAAUAUGAGUGUUGUGGUCUCACGGUCAACUACAUAGUAAUUAGGGCUCCCUGUGCUAUUACUCUAUUAUGAUAUGUAUGAUAGUCACACCUCUCAUGUGGUGGUGACUGAAGAAUUCUUAUGAGAUAUUACCACACCCAGAGCGGUGUCGAGGUAUGACUACACCCAUAGUGGUGUGGGGUAUGUAUGACCACAUCCGACGGGAUGUUGGGGUAUGUAUGACUACAUCCGACGGGAUGUGGGGUAUGUUUCCCGGGAGAGUUAUUAGCAUGGGAGUAGCCAGGCGCCUAUAAGUAAAACAUGAUAAGAUGC